CCCAGGUGAGGGCCUGGCCACUCCUCCUGCGGUCAGUUGCUCUCAGGCCCGUGUCCCUUGUCGCUUCGCUCCAGUCUUCCUCCUCACCAUGACUUCCUACAGCUAUCGCCAGUCCUCAGCCAUCUCGUCCUUCGGGGGCCUGGGCGGCGGCUCGGUGCGCUUCGGGUCAGGGGGUGCUUUCCGUGCCCCCAGCAUCCACGGGGGUUCAGGCGGCCGCGGUGUGUCCGUGUCCUCCGCCCGCAUCGUGUCCUCGUCCUCCGGGAGCUAUGGCGGAGGCUACGGCGGAAGUUUUGGUGGGACUCUGGCUGUGUCCGAUGGGCUGCUGGCUGGCAACGAGAAGAUCACCAUGCAGAACCUCAAUGACCGCCUGGCCUCCUACUUGGACAAAGUGCGCGCCCUGGAGCAGGCCAACGGCGAGCUGGAGGUGAAGAUCCGCGACUGGUAUCAGAAGCAAGGGCCCGGGCCCUCCCGCGAUUAUAGCCACUACUACAAGACCAUCGAGGACUUGCGCGACAAGAUUCUUGGUGCCACCAUUGAAAACGCCAGGAUUGUCCUACAGAUUGACAAUGCCCGCCUGGCUGCAGACGACUUCCGAACCAAGUUUGAGACAGAGCAGGCCUUGAGACAGAGUGUGGAAGGCGACAUCAAUGGCCUGCGCCGGGUGCUGGAUGACCUGACCCUGGGCAGGACUGACCUGGAGAUGCAGAUUGAGAGCCUGAAGGAGGAGCUGGCCUACCUGAAGAAGAAUCAUGAGGAGGAAAUUAGUGCCCUGAGAAGCCAGGUGGGUGGCCAGGUCAGCGUGGAGGUGGAUUCUGCUCCAGGCAUCGACCUAGCCAAGAUCCUGAGUGACAUGAGAAGUCAAUAUGAGGUCAUGGCUGAGAAGAACCGGAAGGAUGCUGAAGCCUGGUUCACGACUCGGACCGAGGAGCUGAACAGGGAGGUGGCUGGCCACACUGAACAGCUCCAGAUGAGCAAGACGGAAGUCACUGACCUUCGGCGUACCCUCCAGGGUCUUGAGAUUGAGCUGCAGUCCCAGCUCAGCAUGAAAGCCGCGCUGGAAGGCACGCUGGCAGAGACAGAGGCCCGCUAUGGAGCCCAGCUGUCACAGAUCCAGGGUGUGAUCAGCAGCAUCGAAGCCCAGCUGAGCGAUGUGCGUGCUGACACCGAGCGCCAGAACCAGGAGUAUCAGCUGCUCAUGGACAUCAAGUCGAGGCUGGAGCAGGAGAUCGCCACUUACCGCAGCCUGCUGGAGGGACAGGAAGCCCACUACAACAACCUACCCACCCCCAAGGCCAUCUGAGCAGAUCCUGAGACUCCCCUGGGGAGGGGCGUGACUGGGGUGAUACAUUUACUCCAGCUCUUUCCUUGACUUGCCAAUAAAACUGUCCUCCAGGGGAAGAAG